AUGCGAUUGUCUUUGAGUCAACCUUGCUUCUCAGGGACACUCCUGAUGCUGAUGGUGUUGAACCUCUUCCUAUGGAAGAAGGUAGCCUCUGUUCCCAUGCAUGCCAUUUUGCCUGACCAUGAAGUGAUGUCUCUAAAUGACCUUCUUGAUCAUGCCAUCACACUGUCGUAUAAUAUCACAGAGCUCACUGCAGAAACUCAAAGGAUUUUUCUGCAUGAUGUGCAAUAUAAACCAACCCGGUGGUUCCCCGAAAGAGACCUUACUGGCUGCCACACAUCUGUCUUUUCUGUUUCAAUGCCUAAGGAUGGAGCCCAACAGAUCCAGGGUAUAUUCCUUCUGAAAGAGACGAUCGGUUUGUUGGGAGCUUGGAAAGACCCUCUGCAUCACAUCGCAACUGAGCUAAGUUAUAUGGAAGAAGUUCCCACUGAUAUCAUAUCGAGAGCCAAAAACAUUGAAGCAAAAAUCAAAGAACUUCUAGAGGCUCUGAAGAGGAUCCUCAGAAAGAUUCAACCUGGAUUCCCAGAAAGUUAUGCAUACCCCACCUGGAAUGGACUGAUAUCCUUGCAGUCACCUGAUGAAGACACUCGUUUUUUUGCCUUGUUUAACUUAUUCCAGUGCCUGACCAAGGAUUCACGCAAGGUUCCCUCUAAUCUCAGGCAUUUACAGUGCCAACUUCUCUACAAAACAAUUUGUUAA